AUGCUGCACGACUUUGAGCAGUUGUUGAUGCACAGACAUCGCUUCGCCUUGACCGACGUCAUUCUCUGCAUGCAACAUAUCAUACACGAUCUAUAUAUCGUCAAUCGUGCUAUCAAGACCGCGUCGGCCUCGUCCACAAUUCCCUUGGAGCGCGUUUCUCGUCGCCUGGAAGGUCUCGUGACGCUCGUUCCGUCAUUCUUGGGCGAACGGGAGCUGGCGACUCUCGUAGCUGCAUUGAACGAUUUUGUACAAAUGUUGCAAGAUCUUGGAUCGCAGCUUCACUUGGAUCAGGCCGUUAGGACACUGGCAGACAGCACAAACGCUCUAGCUGAGGCGGCAACUCGAGACGCAGCGACUUGUGCUCAAUUAACGGAGAAAAGAGACUAUUUGGCAAAGUUUCUGGAUCAAGUAGGACAAGUGCUGCGGAACUCGCAUUCGAGACGAGUUCAGCACUAUCAAGAUGCCAUUGAGCACUGCACGGCCGAGUUUCAAUCGACACUGGAAGACGAGCACUUGCAGCUUGCGAAGCAACUUCGCUGCGACAUCCAGACGAUUGAGACGUCCAUGUCAACGAUGCUACAACCACACUUUGAAAUCUGUAGAACCAUCGCCACUGCCAAUGCCCGUGUGCAGUCCACCGGAUCGCCGUUUUCUAAAGUAGAAAGUGAAGACAUCACCACCUUUGUGCAAACUGCCGCAAAGUUGGAAAGUGGCGUGGCAACAUUCCGCAGUGUGCUUCAGGAUACGACUCGGUUCUUAGCUCGUCUUUCACUAUUUGAGCAAGCGGCUCGUAAGGAUACCUUCGUUGUUUGUUCCAGUGCACUAAAAUUGCAAUAUCGCGAACAGCUCGACCAAGAGCUUUUCCUCGCACACGUGAAAGACUGGAGUGAAAAACACAAGACAUUGCAGUUGACCGAAUCGGGUAGUGGAUUUCAAGCUGCCACUGGUCUUUUGCUGCAAUUGAAAUCCGCCAUCGAACGAGCGCAUAAACUUGCUCAGGCCAGCCAGGAAAAGCUAGCACUGGAUAACCCAGCACGCGAAUCAUUGGCUCAAGAGGUGGCUCGCGUUUUCCAUGACGAAGGCGGACAACUUACUCAGUUUGAUUUGCAUGAAUUUGCAUGA